AUAUAUCAGUUUCUUUAUCAACUAUUAAGGAAAGAGCACUUUGAAGUGCUAUUUGAUACCAUUAAAGAAAAAGAAGAAUCAACUCGAAAUGAAACGUUUGUUGCCAGCAACGGUUGGUUUCAAAAAUUUGAAAUAAGACAUUACAUAAACAAUGCAAGAAUAAAAGGAGAAUCCGCAUCUGCUGAUAUUAACGCUGCUAGCAAAUUUAUUGAUGAUUUUAAGCAAAUACUGAGGGAAAUUAUACGCCAAAACAAGUUUUUAAUGUCGAUGAGACAGCGCUAUUUUGGAAGAAAACCGGUCUCCGUACUUAUACUAAGGGGGAUCCAAAUGCAGUUCAAGGGCAUAAAAUUUUGAAAAAUAGGGUUUAUUAUUGGGAGGCAAUGCCAGUGGUUAUUUAAAGUUGAAACCGUUAUUAAUAAAUAAAACGCAGAAUCCACGAGCAUUGAAAAAUUUUAAUAAAAACAAACUUCCUAUCAAAUGGUCUUUGAAUAAAAAAGAUUGGAUGACAGCUGUGAUAUUUAAUGAUUGGUACGAAAAUUAUUUUUAUCCAACUGUAAAAAGAUACUGCAAAAAGGAAAAUUUAAAUUUUAAUAUAUUAUUAUUAAUAGAUAAUGCUCCAAGCCACUCUUCACUUUUAUUAAAAUCAGAUGAGAAUAUAAGAAUCAUUUUUUUGCCACCUAAUACCACCUCUCUUAUCCAACCAAUGGACCAAGGUAUAAUUUCAAGUUUCAAGCGGAGAUAUUUACGUAAUACUAUUAGAUUGCUGAUAGAUAAAUUAAACGAUACCGAAAGUGUUAACGAAAAUUUGGUUCACAAUUUUUGGAAAGGCUUUAACACAAAGAACGGAAUAGAUAAUAUUAGUAAAGCUUGGGAUGAAGUCACGGUUUCGACAAUGAAGAACGGAUGGAAGCCACUAUCUUUUAUGAAUGAAUAUCCAACUGAACAUGAAGUUUUUAAUUUAAAUAAAGAAAUAAUGUUUUUAGCGGAAAAAGCUGGUUUAUCUAAUUUUGGUGAAAGUGAUAUUCAACAUUUCAUCAACACAAACGAAGAACCACUGUCAACCCAAGAUCUAAUUGACAUUUUAGAAAAAAAUGUUGAUGAAAAUAGUUCUGAUGAAUAAUCAAAUAUUAACAAUGAAAAAAACAGCUCAGAAACAAUUGAAUUUUCGAAAUUAGCAGAAGCAUUGGAAUAUUUAAACAGAGCUGUAGAAAUUUUUGAAAAAUAUGACCCAAAUUUCGAAAGAUCUCACCUUACUUCUAAAAGUAUUUCGAACAGUGUGUCACAGUACAAAGAAAUGUACAAUGAGUUACAGCAAAACAAAUUAAAACAAAAAAAAUUAAUGAAUUUUUUUUAGUUAAAAAUGAUAGUCAGUAAUUAAAAAUACGAAUCGAUGUGAUAUACAUAUAUAAACUUAAUUAGAUUUUAUUUUAUUAAUUUUUGUUUAAAUUAAAUUUGAUUAUAAAAUUAGAUUUUUUGGUUUCGUUAUUAUAUUUUAUUGUUUUUUCGGUUUUAUUUUAUUUUUUUGUUACUUUUUUUAAAAAACAUGUCAAUCAUAAUAAACAAUCGUUUGUCUAAUUCAGUUUUUGUUUUCAUACAUUUUUUUUCCGCUUCAAGCGACAAUUCGAGUUACGACAUAAAUUUCUGGAACCAAAAAUGUCGUAUCUCGAGGACUUCGUGUAAUUUCCUUGUACAUACAAUUUACCAAAAAAAAUUACUUUUGAAAAAAAAAGGAAAAUUCAUUUACUUUUUUUUAUGAAAUAAUCCUAAACAGAAUUUUUUUUUGUAUAAUUUAAUAACCUUAAAAAAAAUGGAUCUUAAAUAAAGAAUGUUAACAUAGUAUAUAAUAAAUGAAUUAUUUAUCGUAGGAUAAAUUUAAAGGAAAGAAAACAGUCUUUAAAGAAAAUUUAAUUUUUUUUUUUCUUAUUAAAACUUAUUCAUAUUUUCCUAAAAUUAUACAAAAAAAACCUUAAAUGGGUGUACAAACUAUUCUUUUUCUAAUUUAUGCUUGAAUUAAAGUAUUGAUGGAGUUGUAGUUCCUUUCCCCUUUGGGGCGUCUAAAAUUUAGGGGUUUUUUCGAGCAAAUAGUGGGAGUCUCAGCAACAUCUGAGCUUGUGCAUAGUUUCACAUUAUAAAAUAACCAAAAUGUUGCUUUAAUUCUUUUCUAAUAACUAUUGAAAAGCUGUUAAAUAAGAUACCGACUUUCCCGGGUAUAAUGUCCGGCGAUAAUAAUGUGAAUUUUUAUAAUAAUUAUUUAAUAUACGUUAGAGUUUUGUUUUUUGAUUACCUUUUCACAGCUUUGUUUAUUUUAGCUAUUUAGUGGUUACAAAUUUCUUUUACCAGUGGCAACCCUGCGUGCAUCUGGGAAAGCAUGCGUUGUUUUUAAGGUUAGAGGAAGAAAUUUCGAUGGAAGUUUUUACUCAAAAGAUAAGUGUACCGCGUAGUGCACCCUAUCGCAAUGCUUCACGUUCUGGUUCACUACAAGGUGUUCCAGCUAAAUCCAACUUUAUUUUUUCGCAAUCGCACUAAUUUUUUUAUUUUUUUAUUUCAACGUGUGCAUAAUUUUUUUUUCUAGUUAUGAUAUGUAGCCAUUGGUGGUAACCUGCUUCCAUUUAACCCACCCCAGGCUGAAGCUCCGGGAGACAGCCAGAUGCACACAGGGGUAACUGGUGGCCGAUGCCCCAACCAGUGGCGGAUGACAUGCUCUGUCAGGUCGUCCCAAACAAAAUCAAGCACUAGUUCAACCAAGGUUCACUGAUCAAUAACUAUCAAAUACACCAUUUUUGAUUUUAUUUAAAAGAAAAUGGAUAUAUUAAUGUAAAAUUACCAAAAAUAUUGACGAUUCAAGAGACUUGCUUUGAUGAUAAGUUGAUUCAAUUAUAUAAUAUAAUGAACUAUAUCGCAGUACAUUAUUGCCGCCACGAUUCUUAUGGGGGUGUGAGUAUUCACAUACACGAAUCUUUAAAUUAUGGGGAAAUUAAUGUUAUUAACCAUAAUUAUUGCAAUGCUAUUUCGUUAAAAUUACUAGAUAUUUCGUAUAAUAAAAGGUUGUGCAUAGUUUUACAUUAUAGAUCACCAAAAUGUUGCUUUAAUUCUUUUCUAAUAUGUAACUAUUGAAAAGUUGUUAAAUAAGAUACCGACUUUCCCGGGUAUAAUGUCCGGCGAUAAUAAUGUGGAUUUUUACAAUAAUUAUUCGCUAAAGACCAACUAUUUAUCAUUUCUCUCUUCUUUUAAUUAUUACCAGCAACACAACUUAAUCUCAAUUAAUGUGUGUGCAAUUAAAAAUAAUAUAAGUGAUCAUAAUAUUAUCAUGGUAAAUUUGAACAAUAUUGUUAAGAUUUAUAAGAACCAUCAAUUUAUAAAAUCUAGAACCAGUUUUUCUAAUGUUGCAGGUAUAAUUAAUUCAACAAUUUCAAUAGGUAAUUAUUGUGAUAUAAAUGUCAAUGAUAUGUGUGAUAACUUGAUUUCUGAUAUUGGAAGUAUUAUCAGCACUAACACAAAUACUAGUGCUGUUACUUAUAAUAAAAGGGAUCAAGUUGCUCCAUGGUUAAAUGAUAGUCUUAAAAACUUAAUUAGAGAAAGAGAUAAAAUGAGGAAAACAUACAAAAAAACCCUAAUAAUGUUGAUUUGUUUAGUGAUUACGUAAGAAUCAAAAAGGUUGUAAAUCAUUCUAUAAGAAAUUGUAGAAGGACAUAUUAUCAUUUCCGUAUACAGUCAUGUGGGUCUGACCAAAAAAAUCUUUGGCGGACUUUAAAUGAUUUUACGGAAAGAGUUAAUAGGGAAACCGUUUAUUUAUUUGAUAAAGACGGUGAUGGUGCAGUUCUUUUAAAUGAGCCUAUUGACAUUGCAAAUAAAUUUAACCACUAUUUUGUUAGUAUAGGUAGAAAUAUAUCCAAUCAUUUCUUAUAAUGAUGUAAACUUUUUGGGACUCUCAAUCAUGAAUAUUCAAACUUUGAUUUUCCUGAGAGCAACAUUUCUGAGGUUACUUGAUAUUUUAAAGCAUCUUAAUAAUAAAAAUUCAGUUGGUUGGAAUAAUAUUCCUCUUUAAGUAAUAAAAAAUUCUUCUACUAUUUUUGCAUCUAUUUUGUCAACUCUGUAUAAUAAAAUUGUAAUUACCGGCGUCUAUCCUGAUACAUUAAAAAUUCAGAAGGUUACACCUACAUAUUAAGGAUGGUAAUAAAUUUGAUAUUGCAAAUUAUCGACCGAUAUCGGUACCAUCAGUGUUUGCCAAGAUUAUUGAAAAGAUUAUAUUGUAUAAAAAUCUAGAAAAUCAUUUAAAUAGUAAUAUUUUGUACUCUUAUCAAUAUGGAUUUAAGAAGGGAAUUGGUACCCAAAGUGCUUUAGUGGAUGUUAUUGAUUUGUUAUGUGAUAAAUUAUCUUAUUUUAAUAUGGUUGCAUGUGUAUUUAUUAAUUUAAGAAAGGCGUUCGAUACUAUUGACCAUGAUAUUCUUAUCACUAAAUUAAGAUAUUUUGGUUGCUCUGCUAGAUCGAUUAUAUUAAUGAACAGCUACUUGCAAAAUCGGAAGCAAUUUGUAGUUUUUAGGGGAACAAAAAUUUCUAUGAAGAAUGUUGAUAUUGGUAUACCGCAAAGAUCAAUAUUAGGACCUCUUUUAUUUUUAAUAUUUAUUAAUGACAUUCAUAGAUUACCAUUAAUGGGUAAAUUAUUUCUGUUCGCUGACGACGGUAGUUUAUUUUCCCUGGUAAUGAUUUAAAGGAAGUUGAAGCUCAAAUACGACAUGAUUUAUUUAUUUUGUCAGAAUAAUUUAGAAUAAAUAAGAUAGAAAUGAAUGCUUCAAUAACCAAAAUUAU